UGUUUAGGUAGUGGCCUGCGCCCCACAGUCGCGAGUACUUCACAUUCAGUUGAGUGACGUUUAUCUUUAGCGCGGCACGUUUUUAUUUCAAAUUUUUGAAUUAAAGUUACAGUGCGGGAGAAUUAUAACUCGUUUUUAUUGAGUUUUUAUCUUUUUAUGUGGUUCAGAUUAAUUUUUUCAAUCUUUAGUAUUAAUAAAUCUUUUAUUAAUAAUUAAUAUUGAUAAUUUGAAAGGUGGGAGAAAUAUAAAUAAAUAAUAAAAUAAAAAAUAGUUGUUGUUUGAUACUGACAGCGAAUCGGAUGGGAAUAAUCUGAGAGCGAGGGUCAAGAAUCUGUGGAUAAGAUUGUGGAAAAUAUCGGAGCUUGCGGCGUACGCCGCUGCCGGUGAUAAGGUUAUACUUGCAUCGAUGCUUUAGUAAAAGCAGAACCCCCGUAAAAAGUCGGUGCUUUCUGGCCUGAAAAUGUGGCUCCCAAUAAUCCUGGGGUUCUUCCUCUCCACCUUAACGAUAGCGACGUCUUCAAAAGUGUCAGUGGUGCCACAUGACGUCUACCCGGGAUUCGAAGUGAUGAAGUUCCAGGCUGCGAAGAGACACUCCUCCAACUACCGACUGCUAGAGACCGGGUUUUCAAAGUACUUCACGGUCCUGGACAACGGAAUGAUGAUGACGACCUCGGAUCUUACGCCGCUGGUCAACAGGUCGAUCAACCUCUUGGUGCUUGAGGAGCUCGCCAACGAGACCCAGACCCACGAUGUCCAUCUCUUUGUCAUUAACAGAGGAAACAUGUUGAGUUUCACCCACGAGCACUUAGGUCACGGACAAGUCAUGGAGAAUUCUCAGCCUGGGACUCUGGUUGAAGAUUUUCCGAUCCUUCGUGCCGACGGAAACUUUCCGGUUCAUUAUGUUCUCCAGCCGGAGGACAAUGGCGAAAGAGCCUUCGCAUUGAUGGAGGAAACUUCCGCGGAAACGGGGUUCAAUUUGACGGUGAAGAGUCCUGAUCAAGGCGUCAGGGUUGUUACUGCCAAGCCGCUUGAUAGGGAGACCAAAUCAAGCUAUCAAGUGACGAUAAACGCGUUUGAUGCGACAUUUAUCAGCACUUCAAAAAUCAGCGGGGUCGUGAACGUAAUCGACGAGAACGACAACAGCCCAACAUUCGAGCAGGAAGAGUACAGUUUCGAAAUGAGGCCUAUAAACGUGAACACCCUCGAGAGAGACGGACGACCCAAAUGGAGGAGGUUCGAGACCAUUGGGAGGGUGACGGCCAAGGAUGCCGACGGAGAUAAGGUCGCGUACAAGCUUAUCACGCCGACCAACUUGAUAAUUAUCGUCCCACAAACCGGAGAGCUGGUGCUCGCUGACGAGCCCGACAAUUCUAUAGACCAGGACUCGGAGGUUGAAGUGAUGAUUGAAGCCCACGACAUUCGCUCACCGACUCGGAGCACUUUGAGACCCGCGAGGGCAGUGAUCCGGUUCUUGACCUCCGAGUUUCUGGAGCCAGAGACACCCAAGGUUCAUCGGAUCCAGAAGCGACGAGUUACCCGUGCAGUUCGGCCCACUAAGAAGGUCGAGUUCUUCGAAUCAGAGGGCGACGUCGAGGGUAAAAUUGUCUUCUCGCUGGAGAAAGAGACCGAGAAGGAGACUUACAAGAUUAGAGAUGAAAACAAGUGGGUUACGGUCGCGGAAAAUGGAUCCGUUAGAGUCAAAGAGAAGUGGGAUUACGAGGAACUCGGCCCUGAAAAGACUAUUGACUUUUGGGUUACUAUUAAUAAUGCGAGUCCCAUUCCCGAGGUUUGGUGUCUUAUCUAUCCAGACUCCCAAUCAUGUCGAUAUAAACAUGAUACGGACAAUCAACGAGUUAUAAUAAACAUCAAAGACGUUAACGAUGAGUCACCUUACUUCAUUAACAAGCCGUUGCCGAUGCAAGCAGUGGUACAGCUCAAUGCUCCUCCGAACACUCAUGUUUUCACUUUACAAGCCAGAGACCCCGAUACCGAUCACAAUAUUCAUUAUUUUAUUGUCAGAGAUCGAACUGGUGGUCGAUUCGAGGUCGAUGAACGAUCAGGAGUGGUUCGCACUCGAGGUGCAGAUGUGUUUCAAUUGGACAUGGAGUAUGUAUUGUACGUGAAAGCUGAAGAUCAGAACGGAAGACUAGAUGAGAAACAUUUUCAGUCGACGCCUGAAGAACGGCUAUCGAUCGUCGGUGGAAAACGUGCCCCCCAAUUUUACCUUCCCACUUAUGAAACCGAAAUUCCGGAGAACCAGAAGAAAGACACAGACAUAAUAUCCGUGAAAGCCAAAUCGUUCGCUGACAGAGAAAUCCGGUAUACCUUGAAAGCUCAGAGUCAAGGAGCCGCGGGUACUUUCAAUAUUGGACCGACGUCUGGGAUCGUCAAACUCGCCAAGGAGUUGGACUUUGAAGAUGUCAGGCAGCCUCAUGUUUAUUCGCUAGUUGUAACCGCGACUGAAGACUCGGGCGGGUUCUCAACUUCUGUUGGGUUAACGAUUCGUGUUACUGACGUGAACGAUAAUGCACCUAAAUUCGAGCUGCCGGACUACCAAGCCCACAAUGUAGAUGAAGACAUGCCACUGGGUACAAGUAUUCUCAAAGUAAAAGCCACCGAUGCGGAUUCCGGAGCUAACGCAGAUAUUGAAUAUUUGGUUUCUGACGAUCACUUUAGUGUGGAUUCUAGUGGAAUUAUUGUCAACAACAAGCAGCUUGACGCUGACAAUAAUAAUGCAUAUUAUGAAUUCAGCGUCACUGCAAAGGACAAAGGAAGUCCAUCAAAAACGGGAACAGCAACAGUAAGAAUUUACACAAAAAAUAAAAACGAUGAGGAGCCAAAAUUCUCCCAGCAAGUAUACACGCCAAAUGUGGACGAGAACGCCGGGCCUAACACCUUGGUGACGACCGUAGUCGCGUCCGAUAAAGACGGAGACAACGUACGCUUUGGUUUUGUUGGUGGUAGCACAUCAUCCGGGCAGUUCGUCAUCGAGGAGAUAACCGGCGUUAUUCGUCUGCAAGGCGAUAAAAUAUCCCUUGACCGGGACAAGUACGAGCUGAACGUCACGGCGAUGGACGACGGGGCCUGCUGCCCAGACGGGAAAAUGAACAUACACACGAGCACCGCGGUUGUCGUCGUAUUUAUCACCGACGUUAACGACAACAAGCCGGUCUUCAAAGACUGUGGGAGUUACUCCCCCAAAGUCGAGGAGGGCGCUCCGAAUGGCAGUCCCGUCAUUAAAGUCCAAGCCACUGACGAAGACAAGGGAGUUAAUGGACAAGUUAAGUAUUCUAUUGUCCAGCAGCCCAAUCAGAAAGGUACUAAAUUCACUGUUGACGAGGAAACUGGUCAAGUUUCGACCAACAAAGUGUUUGAUCGUGAAGGAGACGACGGAAAAUUUGUAUCGGUCACUGUCAAAGCUACUGAUCAGGGCGAACCUUCUUUGGAAGGUGUUUGCUCAUUUACUGUUGAAAUUACCGACGUUAAUGAUAACCCGCCUCUUUUUGAUCGUCAGAAAUACGUGGAAAACGUAAAACAAGACGCAAGUAUAGGAACAAACAUCUUGCGAGUAUCGGCAUCAGACGAAGAUGCCGACAACAACGGGGCAAUAAUAUACUCUCUGAGCUCCCCGAGCAAUAACCAAGACCUGGAGUACUUCGAGAUCCAGCCCGAGUCGGGUUGGAUCGUCCUGAAGAAGGCUUUAGACGGCUGUGCUCCACGAGACAGGUAUCGCCUGAAGGUGCGGGCCUCUGACAAAGGGACAUCAGUCUUGUUCGCAGACGUGGACGUUGAGUUAGACGUCGUAGACAGAAACAAUAAACCUCCUCUGUGGGAUCAAAAUGUAUACGGCCCCAUUCACAUCAAAGAAAAUGUCACAGUGGGUACUGUAGUGACGUCGGUGAAAGCCAGCUCGGGGAUCGAACUUAACCCGACGGUAUUUUACCACUUAAUGCCCGGCUCCACCGCACAGACAAACAAAUUUCAUACAUUUUAUUUACAACAACGCUCGGAGACUUCUUCCAAGGACAAUGUCACUUGGGCUGACAUUAAGGUCAAUCAUCCGCUCGAUUACGAGAGCAUAAAGGAGUACAAUUUGACGAUAAGAGUCGAGAAUAACGGAGCGCAACAAUUAGCGUCAGAAGCAACCAUCCAUAUUGUAUUAGAGGACGUUAAUGAUGAGAUACCGUUAUUCACGGAAGGUGAACAGGAAACUGUGCUUGAAGGCGAGCCCGUUGGAAGCAAAGUGACACAAGUAAACGCUAUAGACAAAGACGGCACCUCGCCGAACAAUAAGGUAACUUAUUACGUGGUAAAUAGUAACAGAAAUGAAGGAAAAGAUUACUUUGAAAUCAACCGUGAGACUGGAGAAAUAUUUACCAAAGUGAUCUUCGAUCGCGAGAAGCAAGGAGCUUACGCUUUGGAGGUUGAAGCUCGGGAUGGAGCGCCAUCAGCACGACCCAAUAGCAACGGGCAACCUAAUUCUGUUACAAAAUUCAUUCGAAUUGGAAUCGCUGACAAAAACGACAACCCUCCGUACUUUGAUAAGAGCCUCUACGAGGCCGAAGUAGAUGAAAAUGAAGAUAUUCAACACACGGUACUUACUGUUACCGCCAAGGAUCACGACGAGUCCUCGCGUAUUCGAUACGAGAUUACGAGCGGUAACAUAGGAGGAGCAUUUGCCGUGAAGAACAUGACUGGGGCCAUUUAUGUCGCUGGAGCGUUGGAUUACGAAACGAGGAAGAGGUACGAAUUAAAACUGACAGCGUCGGACAAUCUCCGUGAGAAUUACACGACAGUAGUAAUUCAUGUAAAAGAUGUUAAUGAUAAUCCUCCGGUAUUUGAGAGACCUACUUACCGAACUCAAAUCACCGAGGAAGAUGACAGAAAUUUGCCAAAGCGAGUUCUUCAGGUAAUGGCAACUGACGGUGAUAAAGACAGGCCUCAGAAUAUUGUUUACUUUUUAACGGGUCAAGGAAUAGAUCCCAAUAACCCGGCAAACAGUAAGUUCGAUAUCAAUCGGACUACCGGCGAAAUUUAUGUGCUAAAGCCGUUAGAUCGCGAUCAGCCAAACGGAAGACCCCAGUGGCGAUUCACAGUGUUUGCUCAGGACGAGGGCGGAGAAGGGCUUGUUGGGUAUGCCGAUGUCCAGGUUAAUCUUAAAGACAUUAAUGAUAAUGCCCCGAUAUUUCCGCAAGGCGUCUAUCAUGGUAAUGUUACGGAAAAUGGAACUGCAGGAAUGCUGGUAAUGACGAUGACCGCGGUCGAUUACGACGACCCGAGCGAGGGAACAAACGCGAAACUUAUUUACUCGAUCGAGAAAAAUGUUAUCGAGGAGGAGACCGGCUCUCCGAUAUUUGAAAUUGAACCGGAUACUGGCGUUAUCAAGACCGCUGUUUGUUGUUUAGAUAGAGAGCGUACGCCAGAUUACUCGAUACAAAUAGUUGCGGUGGAUGGCGGCUCGUUAAAAGGCACGGGUACGGCCUCGAUACGAGUAAAAGAUAUAAACGACAUGCCUCCGCAAUUCACUAAAGAAGAGUGGCUCACUGAAGUGGAUGAAACAGAUGGCACAAACCUUCCGGAAAUGCCGAUUCUCACUGUCACUGUUCACGACGACGACGAAACCAACAAGUUCCAAUACAAGGUGCUGGACGACAGCGGGUUUGGGGCUGAUAAAUUCACAAUGGUUCGCAACAACGAUGGAACUGGUUCAUUAAAAAUAGUCCAGCCAUUAGACUUUGAGAACCAACUACAAAGCAAUGGAUUCAGAUUUAAAAUUCAAGUUAACGACAAGGGCGAGGAUAACGACAACGACAAAUACCACGUCGCGUACUCCUGGGUGGUAGUUAAAUUGCGGGACAUAAACGACAACAAGCCCCAGUUCGAUAAGUCAAACAUCGAGACGACGGUGCUCGAGAACGCGGAAGUCGGAAAUAGCCUGGAAACCUUCAAAGCGACGGACCCCGACCAGGGAGGGAACAGUAAGGUUUCUUACGCGAUUGACCGAAGUUCCGAUCGCAAGAGGCAGUUUCAUAUCAAUGAAAACGGCACUGUCACUAUACAAAGGAGCCUUGAUCGAGAAGAAACCCCGAGACAUCAAGUCAAAAUUCUUGCAAUCGAUGAUGGAAUUCCUCCAAAAACAGCGACCGCUACGCUAACAGUGAUAGUCACGGAUAUAAACGACAAUCCGCCGACUUUCUUAAAAGAUUACAGGCCCGUUUUGCCGGAGUAUGCGAUGCCGAGGAAGGUGAUUGAGAUAUUAGCGACAGAUGACGACGACAGGUCCAGGAGCAACGGGCCGCCUUUCACCUUCAGGAUGGACCCCAAUGCCGACGACAUCAUUCGCGCUAGCUUCAAAGUCGAGAGUGAUAACAAGGGUGCUAAUGGGGACGGUAUGGCGAUUGUAUCAUCCCUGCGCUCAUUUGAUCGCGAGGUGCAGAAGGAAUAUCUAAUUCCUAUAAUAAUAAAGGAUUCCGGAACUCCGCUCAUGGCCGGUACGAGCACUCUUACUGUCGUAAUUGGCGAUGUUAAUGAUAACAAAAUGCAACCUGGCUCUAAGGAUAUCUUUGUAUAUAACUAUGCUGGACAAUCACCAGACACCGAAAUAGGUAGAGUUUACGUUUACGACCUGGACGACUGGGAUUUGCCGGACAAGAAGUUUUAUUGGGAGGGCUUAGAGCACGCCCAGUUCAAGCUCGACGAAGAUUCAGGAAUGAUAUCGAUGAAAUCCGGCACACACGACGGAAAGUAUCAUUUACGAUUCAAAGUUUACGACCGUAAACAUACCCAGACUGACGUCCCGGCAAACGUAACCGUCACCGUAAAGACGAUACCGCACGAGGCAGUAAUGAAUUCCGGGUCAGUACGUCUGUCCGGGAUAUCCGAUGAAGACUUCAUCCGCGUUUGGGAUUACAAGAACCAGAGGCUAACGCGGAGCAAAGCGGAUCUGUUCAAGGAUAAAUUGGCAUUGCUGCUGGACAUUGAGAGGGAGAACGUCGACGUAUUCAGCGUGCAGCAGCGCAGAAAAUACCCGCCACUGACAGACGUGAGGUUCGCGGCCCACGGGUCUCCCUACUAUAAAGCCGUUAGGCUAAAUGGGAUGGUCCUGAUGCAUCGGGAAGAAAUCGAGAAAGAGAUCGGGAUAAAUAUUACGAUGGUCGGGAUUGACGAGUGUCUCUACGAAAACGAGGUUUGCGAGGGAAGCUGCACGAAUAUUCUCGACAUUAAUAAUCAGCCGUACAUGGUGAAUGCUAAUAAAACCGCCCUGGUCGGCGUCAGGGUUGACGUUAUUGCCCAGUGCACUUGCGGUGCCAGGAACUUUACCACCACCGAGUCGUGCCGGAACAGCCCUUGCUACAAUGGCGGACGGUGCAUCGAGGGCAGAUAUGGAUUAACAUGUCAAUGUCCAGCGGGCUACAAUGGACCUAGAUGUCAGCAAACGGCGCGGAGUUUCCGUGGCAACGGCUGGGCUUGGUACCCGGCGUUAGAAAUGUGCGACAACAGUCACCUCAGUUUUGAGUUUAUCACACGAAAGCCUGACGGUUUGUUACUCUACAAUGGCCCCAUUGUGAAACCAGAAUCCGACGAAGUUAUGGUUUCCGACUUUAUUUCCGUGGAGCUCGAGCGAGGAGUACCACGACUGUUAAUCGACUUCGGAUCAGGAACUCUGGAACUAAAAGUAAAGACAAAGCGUCCAUUAGACGACGGAGAAUGGCAUCGACUGGACAUUUUCUGGACGACAGAAACAGUAAAACUUAUCGUAGACUUCUGCAAAUCCGCGGAAAUAAGUGAGCAAGAAGACGGAACCCCUCCAACCCUCGACGGAACAUCGUGUCAGGCUACAGGAGCAGUUCCGCCGUUCAACGAGUACCUGAACGUUAACGCGCCUCUGCAAUUGGGCGGGUCCUACAUGGAACACUUCGAGUCGUCGCACUACAAGUGGAAGUCGCGGCCGAUGAACAAGGGCUUCGACGGCUGCAUCAGGAACUUGUUCCACAACAGCAAGCUUUACGAUCUCGCACAUCCAGGUCUCUCGAAGCACAGCGUAGCGGGUUGUCCUCCGACAGACGAAAUCUGCGGGAACCAGGAGUCGACAUUGAGGUGCUGGGAACACGGAACGUGCGUAGGAAGCUUCACCGAAGCAAGGUGUCAAUGCAACCCCGGCUGGACCGGUCCAGGGUGCAUGACUCAGACGAUCCCGACCACUUUCAAGCAGCAGAGUUAUGUCAAGUACGCGCUAUCCUUCGAGCCAGACAAGUACUCGACCCAGAUUCAACUGAGAUUUAGGACCCGCGAGAACCACGGAGAGCUCUUCAGGGUUAGUGACCAGCACAAUAGAGAGUACGCGAUCCUGGAAAUCAAAAGCAGCAGACUGCAGUUCAGAUACAACUUGAACAGUCUGAGGGUUGAAGAAAGGGACAUCUGGUUGAGCGCCAUCACUGUUGAUGACGGGCAGUGGCACACUGUGAGAGUCUCCAGGUACGGAUCUGCGGCGACUUUAGAGCUUGAUGGAGGCGAAGGACGAAGAUUCAAUGAGACCUUCUCCUUCGAGGGUCAUCAAUGGCUACUUGUUGACAAGCAAGAGGGUGUUUAUGCGGGUGGAAAGGCCGAAUACACUGGAGUUAGGACCUUUGAGGUCUAUGCUGAUUAUCAGAAAGGAUGUUUGGAUGACAUAAGACUAGAAGGCAAGCACCUUCCCUUACCACCGGCGAUGAAUGGAACCCAAUGGGGACAGGCGACAAUGGCAAGGAAUUUAGAGCGUAUGUGUCCGUCUAAUAAGCCUUGUAACAACGUACUUUGUCCAGAACCGUUCGAGUGUAUUGAUCUUUGGAACGAGCACGCUUGCACAUGCGGAGAGGGAAAAGUCAGAUCCCCCGACGGCAAAGGAUGCACCGACAAGAACGAGUGCAUAGAUUACCCCUGUUUGAACGGCGGAAGGUGCAUUAAUCAAGACCCGAGACUCAGGUAUAGGUGUAUUUGCCCCGACGGUUUUUGGGGUGAAAAUUGUGAACUUGUUCAAGAAGGACAAACACUAAAGUUAAGCAUGGGCGCGCUUGCUGCGAUUCUCGUCUGUUUGUUAGUCAUUCUCGUGCUGGUGUUAGUAUUCGUGGUAAUUAAUAGAAGGAGGGAGGCUCACAUCAAAUACCCCGGACCAGAUGACGACGUCAGAGAGAAUAUUAUUAAUUAUGACGACGAAGGCGGCGGAGAAGACGAUAUGACGGCCUUUGACAUCACGCCGCUUCAAAUACCUAUCGGAGGUCCUAUUCCAGACAUGGGAGGCAAAUUACUAUCGUGUAAAGCUGCAUAUUCACUGGGGCCAGAACCGAAUAUUGGAAUAUUCAUUGAAGACCACAAAAAACGGGCUGACAGCGAUCCAAACGCUCCGCCGUUUGACGAUUUACGAAAUUACGCGUAUGAAGGCGGUGGAAGUACUGCUGGAUCUUUAUCAUCGUUAGCUUCUGGAACCGACGACGAACAGCACGAGUACGAGUACUUGGGCGCCUGGGGCCCGAGGUUCGACAAACUAGCGGAUAUGUACGGCCCGGCGGACGAAAGUGAGGAGGAAGAAUAAACAAUUAACAAUUAUUAAUUGAAUAAAUAGGAAGAUAAACAGCUUAAACUAUCAGCCGCUAUGAUACCAGUGCGCGACGCUAAUUUCCGCGAUCUCGUAAAAAACUAUACCCGCUGUGAAUAAAUAAUUCGUAGUGAAAAAUUAAGUUUCUGCCGACGAAUCGCGCACCGACUUAAAAACUAUCCACCAUUAAAAUCUUUACUCUUAAAAGUUUAGCUGUACAAUAAACUGAAAGCUAAAAUUCAAGAAACAAAGUUUAAAUAUAAAUAUAAAACCCGUAAUUGUGUCCUACCUGAAGCACGAACUUUGCAAUAAUAUUUAACUUAAAUAUUAAUUAUAAAAAAAAACAAAUAUAAGUAAUUAUUAAUUAUAAAUAAAAGUAAUACUUGCACGCAUUGAUGCAUGGGUGUAUGUUAAGUGCGCGUUUAUUUAAGCACUUCAUUCCUAAAUGUGCAUAUUUAUUGUUAAGGUGACUUUUGUAUAAAUAAUUUAUUAAUUUAUUACCCGAUAUUUUUUAUUGGUAUUAUUAUUAAUUAUAAUUAUUGAUAUUGAUAUUUUAAAAGUUAUAAGAUAAUUUUAAACAAAACCGACACCGUUUAUAUUAAAUUUUUACUAUGUUAGUUUGUAAUAUUUGUAAUUAUAAUUAUUAUUAUUAUUAUUAUUAAUUAUAAACGUGUCGUAUGAAUAUCGGCUUACGUGUUUUUAACUCACGAUAAAUAUUUUUAUGGAAAAUAAUAAUAAUAAUUAUAAAUAUUAAAGAAGAAAAUGAAAUAAUAAAUUGAUAACAAAUACCAAAGAACAAUCUUAAAGUUUUAAACUUAUGUCUUUUUUAUACGUAAAAAAUAAAACUAAUUAAAAGAAAUAUAUAUUAAAUACUCGGAUCUCAGCACGUGGAGAUUAAGUCUCGAUUUUUUAUCCUUUUUUAGUUUAUUAAUUAAUUAAUUAUAUUGUAUUGUAUUAAAUUAAAUUAUAAAUUAAUGAUAAUCUUUUUAUUAUAAAUUAUAACUGUACGCAGUUAAGACCGUGAUGUAUAAUAAUUAACUGUAUUACCUAUACUGAUAAUUAGUUACCCCGCAAUCUAUCAAUGGUUUAUUGCCAUACCUAUCAAUUAAUUAUUAAUUAUUAUUAUUAUUAACUAAUGAUUCAUUGCUCACAUCGUGAACUAAAGAUUAACAUACACGUAGAAAAGUCAUUAAAAUAUUUAAUUAAGUGUAAAAUAAUUACACGAGGCUAAAACAUUUAUACUUGAGUCUCGGGACUUAAAUAAAAACUUUGUAUUUCUUUAUGUCAGAGGCUACGAAGACCAGAAAAAAAAACGUACAUCAGACAACAUAUGUAUUAAAUAAAAUAAAUUAAAUUUUAAGAUUUAAAAUAAAUAAUCUCAUGAGAAAUA